CAGUCGCCAAGAGGCGUGCUCUGCGCGCUCAUGUCAAGUCAUUGCGUGUGAAUUUCCUUAUCGUUUACAUGUGCGAAGAGGAAGGCGUGAGAGACCGUUAAACAUACACGACGUUAGAAAAGGAAGUUAAGAUGAACGUUUUAAUGAUUUUAACAAUAGCAGGUUGGGUGACUUUUGGACUUUCUACAGUGAAUGUAUCCACAACAACUGAUGCAGAAGUAUCCUCAGUAAAAACAGCUGCAGCAGUUGCAACAACAGCAUCACCUCCACAUCUAAGCACAUCUAGUGUCCAUACGAGCCCAUACAAAACAAAUGAAUCGGUCUCCACAAUCGGUUUUUCGACAACUGCAAACGUAUCAACUGUAAAUUCCUCCAUGAACACUACAAACAACAACUCAACGUCAGACCCCGUGGAGAUGACAACAGUUGCAAACACAAUGCCCAAUUCAACCUCUGAUGUAAAUUCUACCUCUAUUGCAAUAGUGAUCACCAGUGCACCCAAUGUGACCAUUUCGUCAAAAACUCUCACUUCCAGUAUUGUGACUAGAGCUCAGACGUUGAAGACUGAAAGCACAAAGGCAGUUAUAACAAGUGCAAAAAAUACAAGACCUACAGCAACAAGGAUGAUAAAACUGAUGCCUUCUACUUCUAAAGCGUUAGUGUCGUCUGCUAAGCCACAAUCAUCAACAAAAAAAACUUUGACAAGGCAACAUCAAACCAAUAAUGGACCACAUAAAAAGAAUCCACAGGCUCUGAGCUCAGGAAGUGUUGCUGCCAUCGUAAUAGGCUUUAUCGCCAUUGUACUUAUCUUACUUGGUGGAGCAUACUACUUCAAAAUGCGACGGUCUUCUUAUGGACGCCUUUUGGAUGAUACUGAUCACAGCUCAAUGGGGAAUUUUUUCAACCCAAUGUUUGACGGCUGAAUGAGGAAGUUAAUGUAGAAGUACAGCUGAAUGAUUCAUUUCUGAAGGAAGAACAUGCAUCUGUCCUGAGUAAUGAAUUUGGUAACAUGAGAUUCUGUAUCGUCCCCCAAAAUAUUCAGUCAGAAUCAGAAUGUGUCAGAACCUAGAUAUGACUGAUUGUUUUUGUGAAGUUUUUGUAUGAAGGUGUUGACAUUCAUGUGUAUUAGAAGUACUUGUAUUAUAACUGCAAAUAGUAAAAAUAAAUCUAUGUUGUUUUUGCACAAAACAUUUCUUUAUAUUUUUUUCUUUCUUUAAGGAACCCUACUAAAUCAAAGUUUGAUUUCAGCCAUUAACUUCAUUAUGAUUUCAAUCUUUGCAUGACCUUACUCAGUCAAUGUUAAAGAUAUCAAUAUUUUAUAAUGUUUUUUACAUUAUGUAGGAUGAUUUUAUGUAGAGAACAGUAAAUAAAGAAUAAAAAAUGACUUAAGCUUUGAAAACAGGCAGGGUCACAUAUUGUUGACAGGGUUAUUAACCCUAUCAUAUCCCAUAAUUAUUGUUCUCUGCUCAGCUGUGGCCACUAUUCAUCUGAAGUCAGUCCUUUUGUUAACUUAACGUUUCUUUAGCCUAAUUCUUUAGCAGAUGCAUCUGAGUUUUAUCCUCUUGUCAUUGUAAUGGCAGGGACCCUCAAGCAGCAUGUAAUUAAGCAUUUAAACAGUCAAGACUGUUAUUAGAGACUUAAAAUAAGCCAACAUGCAAAUGGAUGAGGCAUACUUGCAAAACAUCUGGUGUUUUGGUUUGUUCAGGAGUGCUGCAGUAGCUGUUCAUUUAUUUUUAUUCAGAAAAAUUUCUUUUUAAACUUUUUUAAACGGCAACUCUUGUUGCAGCUGCCCACGCGUUUUUGUUACCUGUUCAACACACUGUUUCCUGUUUAUGCAGAAAGUUUAGCUGUAACUGUGACACAAACCACAUGAGGAAAUGGGUAUCUGGUUCUUGAGCAGUGGCGACUAAAUGUAGACCUAGUCUUGUACUUAUUAUUAUUAAUAAUAAGUUGUAUAGAUUAAUAAUUUUCCCUGUAACACAUGGGUUACUCUCUUAUGGACAAAUUGCUACAUCAGUCUGCUAUUUGCUAUACUUCUGUCACUGUGAUUAAAAAGAUAUAGACAGCAUAUAGUUUAUUUUAAAAUAAUAUUAUUAUUAUUACAAGAAAUAAUUGUUUUAUUUAUGGAUAAAUUAUGUGAGAAAGUUAUGUUUUGUGUGUAUUUGACAUUUUGCUUUGGAAAAAAAGCACAUAAGCACAUUUGUACACAGCAGGUUUCGCUGUAUGUAUUCAAUAUGUAAUAUAUUGUGUUUAUCAGUUGUACAUAAAAAAUAAUCUUAGGCAAAGCAGAUCAAAGUUUAUUUAAACCAAAUAAGUAGAUUUAACUUUAACUAAAAAGUUAAAUUUUACUUACAAAUGUCACCCAGUAGUUGAAAACCUAUGGUACACUCAGUGCUCGGUCAAUAGAUCACAAACUAAGUUGGCCUUUUUAUAAACCAAAGUGUUAACAGGACACAGUCUAUAAACAUUGUUGUACAUAUAAAAUGACAAGGUACAUGAUUUUAGGCUAAAUUGUUUACAAUCAGCAGAAAUACACUGUUAUUUCCUAGAAACAGAAAGUUCUGCAAUAUAUAUGUGAAGUUUGGGAGACUCUGAAAGCUGAAAGUGAACUGCUGUGACUAUAGAGCAUUAAACUGUGCUACCAAACCCAUCAUUCUCUCCACUUCACCAUCUUAUAACCCAUUUGUUUAGGUUCAGCAUUAAUUGUUUAAAAGAUACAGAUCUAAAGACAAAAUUUCACAGUACCCAUAUAAUCCUUGACUAAUUUAUUUUUUAUGUUUAUUACAUAUACCUGCUAAUUAAAUACCUGUGAAAACCAGGCUAAAGUGUGUGUGUUACACAUAUAUAUCCUUGUUUAUGAUUGGCCAGUUUAAUAAUAAACAUCCAGUCAUGUUUAAAUAUUUGUGAUUUAUAUGUUGCUUGGAACAAAAUUUGUUAAGGAGAAUACACAAUAUUUUUUAUUAUUUGUGCUAUUUAUACUGUAUGUUCUAAUAACAUUGCUGUAUAAUACACUUCACUGAUCUGCUUCAUUUGUAUUGCUUUGUACUGUUUGUAUUGUUUAUCAUGCGUUUUCAUUAAAAUUGCUUAAAAUUCCAAUGGCAUCAUAAAAUACAAGCUCA